CUCCUCUUUCUUAUCAAAGCCAAGGAAGUGCGUUUUGAUUUGCAAUUUCUUAUCAUUUGAAAAUUCAUUAUUUUUUGAGAGGGUGAUGAGUAUUUUCUUUCAUAGGUGAAUGUGGUUGCUAGCUACAGGGAAGUAGAAAUGGCUUACAAGGUGGAUCAUGAAUAUGAUUAUUUAUUCAAGAUUGUUUUGAUUGGAGAUUCAGGUGUCGGAAAAUCUAACAUUCUCUCCAGAUUUACGCGAAAUGAAUUCUGUUUGGAGUCUAAAUCCACCAUUGGUGUCGAAUUUGCAACUAGGACCCUCCAGGUAGAAGGAAAGACGGUAAAAGCACAAAUAUGGGACACAGCAGGGCAAGAAAGGUACAGAGCCAUAACGAGUGCUUAUUACAGAGGAGCCGUGGGAGCACUUUUGGUUUAUGACAUAACCAAGAGACAAACUUUUGAAAAUGUGCACAGAUGGCUGCGCGAGCUGAGGGACCAUGCUGACUCCAACAUUGUCAUCAUGAUGGCUGGAAACAAGUCUGAUUUGAACCAUCUUCGAGCAAUUCCAGAUCAAGAUGCAAGACUCUUGGCUGAGAAAGAAGGGUUGUCAUUUCUUGAAACCUCUGCAUUAGAAGCUUUAAACGUUGAGAAGGCGUUUCAAACAAUUUUGUUGGAUAUUUAUCAGAUAAUCAGCAGAAAAGCUUUAGCAGCUCAAGAAGCUGGUGCUACUCCUGGUCAAGGAACUGUUAUUAAGGUUGGAGACAAUUCUGGCAAUUCCAAUACCAGACCAUGUUGUUCCAACUAAAAAAUGGGGGGCUGCUUUAUUUGUUCUUGUAAUAUGUAAGAGUAGAUUUAUAUGUGUGAGUUAUGUGGUUAAGUUUUGAAUUGAGGAAUGACAGAUAGGGAUCUUGUAAUUAAACACAGGUAUACUUUUUGACAUUCUGAUUAAUUUGGAGAAUACAAAGAUUUGUAUCUCUAGUAGCUUUUUGACAUUUUGCUAGACAAGCAAUCAGUUUACGAAUCACAUAACGUUUACUGAUAUCGACUGAAGCUAAUCGAUUGUUUUCUGUA